UUUUCAGCAAAUAUUGCGCCCAUGUUUUGAAGUGUCUAUCUGAAAUAAAAUUGUUACACAAAAUAUUUACAUCAAGUGCAGGGAAUAAUUAUAUGUAUGAUGGAACGGCCACCUGAACCCAAGAAGGACGAGCAGUGCCCACUACUGAAGGUGGAGAUUGGGAUGCCGGAGCCGGUCCGUCAGCCUACUGCGGUACCACAGAACUGGAGUGUUACUUGCGUGCCGAAGAAAUCUUGUCUGCAGCGAUGGCCUGAAAUCCUAUCAGCAUCUUGGAUGACCUUUAUUUUAUUGGGAAUGUCAUUUCUGCUAUUCAGCUCUUUAGGCAUGUCGGUGUACAAAAGACAACCACUUUUACUUAAAUACAACGAAGGAACGCCUGGCAGCAAUGUAUUCCUACACCACAUCGUCAACAAAGGAUGUCGUUUCCCGCUUGAAAUGUAUACGCAAUACCUGGAAUCUUUGGCUGUUACCUACCCAAACCUUCGCUUCAACGUGUUUUUCUUAGUGGACGAUGCCAUACGACAUCCUUAUUAUAUUCCAAGACAUGGGAGAUUACCUAGCAGAUGGUUUGGUUUUCCAAAUAAAGAUGUGUACGCUAAGCACUCCUGCAUAAAAGAAUUCGAAAAAAAGUAUACUAAUAUCAACAUCACUAUUAUGGCUCUGAACAAGUAUAUGGCAAUGACGCCACUGAGAUUCAAGUGGAGAGCUAUCCCGGUGUCGUAUUUAACGUUUUACGCUAGAGUAUUUUCUGUUUGGCAAUACGGUGGAAUCGGCAUGGACUUGACAACUUAUAACAAUCAAUUUAGUAAUGGUUUCCGCUUUGACCAACGUAUUUAUGAAAUUUUAAAGAAUCACAACAACGGGCUCCCGGUAGCAGAUUACAAUAUAAUGCUUCGUGCUAUAGAUGAUGACGAAGAAAACUCUUUCAAAUGCUUGAAGCAGAUAUUAAAUGAAACUCUGUCCAUGUUUAAUAGCAUUUUCUCGUUCGGGUUUCCAUCACAAACGGAGCCGUUGCCUUCUAAUGAAUCUAAUAAUACGCCGAUUACAAGAACGCAAAGAGCUAAGAGAAACGUCGCCUACAAUUUUUAUGAUAUUGUACCAUCUGAAACAUCCAACACGGCCGGAAAUAUGUUGACUGUUUCUAUGGCAAAUACGACUAUGGAGAAUGUAACUGAUAACUUAAAAGACAAUAGUACCAACAAUGUCUCAUUAAAGAGUGAAGUUUCUCAAGCAACCUCCGAAUCCACCUCCAAUGCCACGUCUACCGGGACCACGGUGCCGUUAAAACCAGGCUUUAACCCCCUCUAG